ACACACAUCCCGCAGGUGGAAGCGUCUUUUCCUCACAGAAGUCGAACAAGUGAGAAACUGUUGCUUCUUGGCAAUAUGAUAUCGUGCUUUACUUUCAAAUGGACGCUUUCCUUCUCAUUUUGUCGUUUAAAUGAAAAAUAAUCGAAAGUUACAGAUGCUAAGAGUAAAUUUAUAAGUCUCACCUUAAAGAGUUUCCUCAAGAAUUGUAGGGUAGAAGUAAGCGUCUGUAAGGUGAACUGCAUUGAAGAAGCGGGAAAGGCUGCAAACAGAGAAGACGGACAAAGACGAGGCUUAAACUGACAGACAGCACAUAAAGCAGAGUGACCGUUAAAAUAAAAAGCCGGAAGGCGCGAGAACUGGAUGACAUAUUAAGAGCGUUUGGCGCGUGAGAGACAAGCUGGAAAUCUGGUGUCAUUUCCAUAUUCUCUGGGAAGUGAGAGAAGUUUGAUGAAGACCAGCAGGAAUUGUUACGAACCAGAUUUAAAAUUAUAUCUCACCAUCCAUUUAUUACUGGGCAAACGGACAUUUAAUACCGGAGAGCUUAAUCUUGGACACUUGGUGGUUUAAGAGAUUUCAUAGUGUCACGAAAAAUACAAAAUAAUAUAUUGCGUGGAACAAUAACGGAUUUUCUUGAUCAAUUUAAACCAGGAAAACUGAGCCCAACCAAGCAGAGUUUGUCUGAGUGCUGCAGUGAAUAUGGACUCUUCUGGGAAUUCUCCAGAAUCACAACAGUUCUUGAACUUCCCAUGGAAAAAUAACACAGAGCCACACAGCUGUCAGUCCACAAAUCUAUAAGGAGAAAUUACUGCCACACAACUCCCGAGACAGAAAUACGCCUUCCCAUCAUCUGAUAGAAUCUCCAUCCAAGGACCAAAAUUUGGAGACACCAAAUCCCCAAUGUUGCUCAUAUCAGACAAGCUAUAUUCAUUUAUAUGACCAUUUAAACCCGCUGGAUCACCAAGAAUUGCAGUUUAUAUGGAGUGAUAACUCAGUCCAGUGUGUGCUACGCAGAAUUGAGGGUUAUUCUGCUGGCACAUUUUGAUGAAGUCAAUACAAAUAAAAAGAGAAAAUAGGAGACAUUAAAACUUCACUGAGAAUAAACACAAUCAUUCUUCAAUCCCCAAUAAACAGUAAUAAUUGUUGCAAUUUGGAUAUUUAAUUAUUUUUGUUGAAAGAGGAUAUUUCACAUCGAACAAACAUCUCUGUGGCUUAUACUACAGACACAAACCACAUUUUGUUGUAUUCUCCAAGCAAGCUUUCUAUCUCAUCUUAGUCCUCUAUCCCAGAAUUCAUUCUGGCCGGGCCUGUUUCUUCAAAAGGAGAGGAGGACUUCCUCUCUAUUGCUACCUCACGGCUCAGCCGCAGGAAGCGCGUUAUUGGGGCUGCAGUGGGUGUGGCCAUGGUGUUAGUGCUACUGGUUGCAAUUCCUCUUUUGGUCCACAGCACCAAGUUGGGUGGGUCAGGGGGCGGAGGCACGCAUUAUGAAAUGCUUGGAAGUUGUAAGAUGGUCUGUGACUCCCUGACACCCACCAAUGAAUUAACACCUGUUUCCCCUCCCCCUCAUGACAUACCUGGACGCAGAGGGGGAGGCAAGUCAGGCUUUCGUGGCAGCCAAGGGCCACCAGGCCCACGUGGGCCCCCUGGAGAACCAGGAAAACCAGGUCCUCCUGGACCUCCAGGUCCAGGCCCGGGAGGAUACAUCCCAUCAUUCUACAGCCCCAAAAUAGCCUUCUAUGCUGGUCUGCGCAAGCAACAUGAAGGAAAUGAGAUACUAAAGUUUGACGAUGUGGUCACAAAUGUAGGGAACUACUAUGAGCAGACCACAGGAAAGUUUACCUGCCCUCUUCCUGGGAUCUACUUCUUCACCUAUCAUGUGCUUAUGAAAGGAGGGGAUGGAACUAGUAUGUGGGCAGACUUGAAGAAAAACGGACAGGUGAGGGCUAGUGCGAUCGCCCAGGACGCGGAUCAGAAUUAUGACUACGCCUCUAAUAGUGUGAUCCUGCAUUUAGAUGUGGGAGAUGAAGUGUGUGUGCAGCUGGAUGGUGGAAAAGUGCACGGAGGAAACACCAACAAAUACAGCACGUUCAGCGGCUUUCUUAUCUACCCCGACUAAUACAUACAUGCUAAAAAAGUCACAACACUUUUCACAUCACAUUUGCAGAUAAUGUUGUUCACCUGCUGUGAAGUUAUACAGCAGUGAUCAAGGUUAAAUACAAAAACAUUAACAUUUACUAUGACUAUACUGUAUAGGAAACAGUUAAGGUUAUACAAUAACAAAGGGGAAAACUGUAGAAGUGAUAAACUUUCACUUUCAAUGUUACAGUUUCCCCCCCUUUGCUAUUUUAUUGUUAACCCUUAUGUGUUAUUCGGGAUGUUACGGGAUAUCAUCCACUAGGGUUUUUUUUAGUCUUAAUUUGGCCACAACUCUCUCUGUGUUUAGCAAAUGGAAUGGGUUUUGGUGAAAAAUCUUAUCUUGACACAUAUUUUGAGGAAAUGCUUUUCAAAAACUCAAAAAUGCACCGUGGGCAUAUUUACUACCCUUUUGUGUUGUUCGUGGAUGAAAACAUCCACUUAAUUAAAUGGCUGUAAAAAUAUAUUAGUUUCAGUAUCAGAGUAGAUUUUUUACAGAAAAUCUUUUUUCAUGCAUACGCACACACACACACAUACACACACAAUAAUAUGCGUUUAUUAUGGAGUUAUGCUAUAUAAUUAAGCUCCAUUUCUGCACAAGCCUACAAAAGGGUUAAUGGUGCCACAUGGUGAUCAACAGUAAAAAUGCAAAAGGAAAAACCACCAAAAAUCAAGAAUGCAUGAUAAAAAAGUAUGGCUCUGCAAUCAAAAAUUAAUGUUUUAAUGGAAGUCAAUGAGGCAAAAACAAAAUAAAAUCUGAUGUUGCACAAAAACAAAAAAAUGUAUCAAAGCCAAUGUUUUUACAAAUUUUUGACAUGCCCAAGACUGUGAAAAAGUAAAAAAUCCAGUCCAAAAUUACUUUUUAUAUUAAAAAUCUGUCAUUUUGUGUGUUUUUCCCAAAUCAAUGAUAUCACCUAUGAACUUGGUUAAAAUCAUGGAGUUUUUGGAGAUUUAUGCAAAAAAAGAAAAAAUAUAUGAAUCUGAUACAUUUUUACAGCCGUUUGAUUUAAGUGGAUGUUUUUAUCCACGAACAACAUGAAAAGGUAGUAAAUUUGAGCAAUCCACAAUGGUUAAUAUAUAACCUUAACUUUUACUACAGUAUUAAAGUCAACAUGGAAUGGGAUUGUAUGUCGAUAUCUAUAGUAGAAAUAUUGUGAAAAUUAAUAUGAUUGGGUGGGAAAAUAUGGGUGAAUUUAUCUGGUUAUUUUGGUAACAAGUUAUAUUUCAAAGAAAACUUUUUUGAAGUAAUGUCAACUAAUGAAUCGUCCUCUUAAAACCAGAAAUCUGUAUUGUGGAAAUAAAGUAAAUUUUCUUUCAUGUUGAUGUCAAUGACAUUGUAGGCCAUAAAUGACAUCAAUUAAUCUUCUCCAUGUAAUCAAAGUUUAUUUGCUACUUUAUGACCUCACAGGGGCAGUUUUUCGGAAAGGGUUUAGGUUAAUCCAGGACUAGGCCUUAGUUAUAUUAGGACAUUUAAGUAGUUUUACAAGCAUAUCUUACAAUACUGGUGUGCAUUUUGAGACAAAACAAUAACACUUAUAUAUGUUAAGAUAUAUCAGUGCGAUGCAGCUCAAACAUGCAUUUUAGUCUGGGACUAGAAUAAGCCCUGUCUGGCAAACCGCCCGGUAGUAAUUAAAGGCCCAUCACUGCUGCACAGAAAGUUUAUGAUGCUGAUAUUGUUACUGAAAUUCCCACAAUGUCAGGCAUCCUUAAAUGCAUACUGUUAUAUUUACAAAGUCCAUGUGAAUACCUCAUCCAGAAUUGAUGUUAUCUCCUAAUAAACUAAAAAAAAAGGCUAUACUGAUAAGAUAUAUAUCUUGUCAUGCUUAACUAGAUGAACAUUCUCUCUCUGAAGUAUGUAUGUAUGUUUGUGUGUAAUUUGUAUAAUAGGGACUUGAUGAACAAAUGUUGUAUGCAAUUUCAUGGCAUGGAAACUGUGUUUUUAACUUCUGUGUCUAACACUAUGUUAAUACUGAAUGAACUUUGAAAUAAUUUGUUGUAGAUGUUUUAAAGUGACUUGAUUGUAAUCUGAAAACAUCAAGUCUCUGUGCGUUUGUGUGUGUGUGUCUGCGUGUGUGCAUGUAAUUGCAAUGUAAUUUAUGUGUUAUAUCACAAUAUAGGAGAUUUGCUUCUAAAUAUUUAACCUGCAGUAACUUGAUUGCUGUUGUAAAUCUUUGCAGUGUAAUUAAUCAUUAUUAUAGAUUUUAU